AUGGUGGCUAAGAAAACUUCAAAGUCGAGGAAAUCCUCUUCUCUUCCUUCUUCUUCUCCGGCCUCCUCAGCUUCCGGUGAAACACCCGCCGCCGACUCGAACCGGAGGAUGGUGUUGAGAAUUAAAUGCGGCGAGGGAGCGAGGAAUUCCAUUAGACAAGUUACGUUGAGCAGCGAGCUCGACAGGAAACUGACUGGAACGAGGUCCAUAACGAAGAAGAAGCCGAAGAAGAAACUCGACAAGGUCGACACUAAAAUGCCCAAGAAGCCGCCAACUGCCUUCUUCUUUUACUUGGAAGAUUUUCGCAAAGACUUUCGAGAGCAGAAUCCAGAUGUCAAGUCCAUGCGUGAGAUUGGCAAAGCAUGUGGGGAGAAGUGGAAAACAAUGACAUAUGAGGAAAAAGUUAAGUACUAUGAUAUUGCCACCCAGAAAAGAGCAGAGUUUGAAAGUGCCUUGAAGGAUUACACAAAGAAAAAGGAAAGUGGUGAACAGGAAGACACUGAUGAUGACUCCGAAGAUUACAUCUAG